CGAGGAGCAGCAUCAUCAACGCAAAUGUAAGUGGCAGGCGACACGAUAGAUCUACCACGGGACAGUGUGAACGGAAAAUCGGUUAUUGUGGAACGGGUGUGCAGUUUGACCCUGGCUGCUUCAAGACAAGCAAGUGUGAAAUCCAUAUGAAAGAAACGAAUGGAUGAGGGACUCGUCCUGGGAUGGCAAGGCCUGCCACAGACGCGGCUGACGAGAAGCAUGCCGUCUCCAGUGGGAAGCUAUACCUGCGGUGACCUCGCGAUGGCAACCACCGACGAAGCACAUGGAGUGGUAAGGCCACGAUCCAUGCAGAGAGGAAGCCGCUACUCCGUGAAGGAGGAAUUCUUCGGCAGCAUUAGUGGGAAUCUGGAUUCGAUCGUUUUGAAGUUCUGGCCGAACAGGGACUGGGCACGUAGACGUCACGAGCAUGAGCGUGAGAGAGAAGGGGUUGCCGGUGGACCUGGGGGGCAGCUUCACUGAAGAUGCCCCGAGGCCGCCUGUCCCGGGGGAAGAGGGCAAGUUGGUGUCCAGCGACGUGCGACUGUACAACCACGGCUUCUACUCGGCCUCCAGAGAUGGCCUCAAGAACGAGGCAUCGACGGCCACCCCCCGGCGGCCCGAUCUAGACCUGGGCUAUGAACCGGAGGGCAGUGCCUCUCCGACGCCACCCUACCUGAAAUGGGCCGAAUCCCUGCACUCGCUCCUGGACGACCAGGAUGGGAUCCACCUCUUCAUGACGUUCCUCAAGCAAGAGGAGUGCGCCGACUUGCUGGACUUCUGGUUCGCCUGCAGCGGCUUCCGCAAGCUGGAGGCCAGUGAAGGCAAUGAAGAGAAGAAGCUGAAGCUGGCGAAGGCCAUCUACAAGAAGUACAUCCUGGACAACAAUGGCAUCGUAUCACGACAGAUCAAGCCGGCCACCAAGAGCUUCAUCAAGGACUGCGUGGCGAAGAUGCAUAUCGACUCCGCCAUGUUUGACCAGGCCCAGACUGAAAUCCAGACCAUGAUGGAGGAGAACACGUACCCUCUAUUCCUCAAGUCGGACAUCUAUUUGGAAUAUACCAGGACAGGCGGCGAGAGCCCCAAGUUGUUUAGCGACCAGAGUUCUGUGUCGGGGAAUGGGAAGGUUUUGCCGGGAUACUUGCCAACACUGAACGAGGAUGAGGAGUGGCGUUGUGAGCAAGAUCCGGAGGUGGAGCCCCCAUGCGACCAGACCCCUAGUAAUCGGCUAACGCAGAAGCUUCUGAUGGAGACUGCCUCGCAACGGGUGGUUCCCAGCAAGCGGUACCAAGAGAGCCAGGAGUACAGACAUGCGCCAUGGAGGGAACCCGUCAACCCGUACUAUGUGAACACGGGCUACGCCCUCGCCCCCGCCACCAGUGCCAACGACAGCGAGCAGCAGAGCAUGUCCAGCGAUGCCGAUACGCUCUCUCUGACCGACAGCAGCGUGGAUGGGAUCCCACCGUACCGCUACCGCAAGCAGCACCGACGCGAGAUGCAGGAGAGCGCCAAGGCCAAUGGACGAGUUCCACUACCUCAUAUUCCUCGCACGUACCGCAUGCCAAAGGACGUUCACGUGGACCCGCAGAAGUUUGCCGCCGAGCUCAUCAGCAAGCUAGAGGGCGUCCUGCAUGAGAGGGAGGCGCAAGAGAAGCUGGAGGAGCGGCUGAGGCGGGUUCGACUGGAGGAGGAAGGCGAGGAUGCUGACGUGUCCACGGCCCCCUCCCUGUCCAGCCAAAGGCUGCCCCCGGCCUCCCACCCCCAGCACUACGCCGGAACUCGCUACGCGGAUCUCGGCUACAAUGGGCUACAGUCGCGGGAUGCCCACGAGGAGAACCCCGAGAGCAUCCUGGACGAGCAUGUGCAGCGCGUCAUGAAGACGCCUGGCUGCCAGUCCCCCGGCACGGGACGCCACUCGCCCCAGGGCCACGGCAAAUACGCCGCCAAGCCAGGCGCCAAGGCCGAGCUAGCGGGCCCGUACCACCACAAGCACGCACACCAUCACCACAGCGGUGGCGGACCUGGCGGUAAGCCCGCCAAGGAGCAGCAGGAGGCGGAGGCGGCGAUCCGCGUGCAGGCCGGCUUUCCCUGGGGCCUGGAGGCACAUCACUAUGCAAGCAGAGCCCGCGGCCAUGGCGACAAUAUGGCCAUCAACAUGGUGGAGGCGUUGGCAUGCAGCGGCAAAGGGGGCACCCUCUCCAAGCGGACGCUCAAGAAGGCGCUUCCGGAGAAGGUGGAUGAGGUGCGGGCCUUUGACCUGCUCAUGCCCACUGAGGACCUGGAGAGGAACCGGCAGAUCAUCCAGUGGAUGAUGGAGGGGGAGAAGGAGGCGUGUAGGAAGAAGAAUGUUCACGGGAACCCCGGAGGAUCCAAGAAGCCAACGGGCCACGAGGCCACACGGCUCAGCUCAGUGGAGAGGCCCGGCCCGGUGCAUUCCCGCAUCAGCGCCCAGCUCCGUAACACCGUGCAGCCCUCCCACCCCUUCAUCCAGGACCCAACUAUGCCCCCCAACCCUGCCCCCAACCCCCUCACCCAGCUGGAGGAGGCACGGCGCCGGCUGGAGGAGGAGAAGAGGAGGAGCGGGACACUGCAGACCAAGCAGAGGUAUGUGCUGGAGGUGAUGGAGCGGGGGCGCACGGUCGCCCGGCCCGCCCUUAUCCCCGCCCUCAGCGUGGUGCCGGCUGUCUCCGACAUUGACCUCUCCGAGCCUGAGCACAAGGCGACGAAGAGGACGCCCUGUGAAAACAUCACUGUGGCCUACUACUUCUGCGGAGAGCCCAUCCCCUACCGGACAUCCGUGAAAGGGAGGAUAGUCACACUCGGACAGUUCAAGGAGCUGCUCACAAAGAAAGGCAGCUACAGGUAUUACUUCAAAAAGGUCAGCCACGAGUUUGACUGUGGCGUGGUGUUUGAAGAGGUGCGUGAGGACGACGCCAUACUGCCCAUCUACGAGGAGAAGAUCGUCGGCAAGGUGGAGAAGAUCGACUGAAUUUGGGGGGGGGGGGGGGCAGGGCCAGGCCAGACAGAAAAGGCGGGAAAAGCAAAGCCCCCCCCCCCCCCCAAGGAAGGCGAAGAUGCCACGGGAAGUCAGCUCAGGAUGGUGGAUGAGACCGUGAUCUGGACCAGGGUUUGAGGAGCGACUAGAUUGUAGGUGGAGCCAGUGUCUACCUUCUGGUGGGAGUGUUUUGGAGGAGCGAGCAGACGGAGCAUGUGGUAUGCGGAGUACCAUGUGGACAUAAACGCUCCCGUUUCUGCCCUGUCGGUUCUCUGUUCCUCCACCACUCAGCACCAGCAGAAACUGCUAUACACAGGAAAAAAUAAAGAACAAACGAAGGAAGGAGGCAGCCUGAUAUUUACCGUGGUACAUUUCUAUCUCAGUCAUGUAGCAUUUAAAGUUGUACCAGAAAAAUUGUAUGAUGAAUAUGUUUACUAAGCUGCAUAUUUUUGAUAUAUUAACAGAAGGAAGGUAUCCUUUCUACUGCAACAACACUUUCUUGUCAUUUUGAUAUGUACAGGUACUGCUAAGUAUGCCAGAUGUGUGCGGGCCAUCUAAUUGCCUGUGACCUUUUAAAAGCAAAAAGAAGUUUUUAUAUAAUAUAUUUAAUUAUUGAAACAAAAAAGGCAAGCGGUUGGUUUUAUCCUGUUAACUGUGCGCAUGUGCGCCAGCCAUCCUCGUACAUCUUCGAUUUGCUUUCUUCCCCGUCAAAAAGUGUGUAUUUUUAAGAGCUCAUCGUAGCGCCGGAUUUUUGCUCAACACGAAAACCUUCUAAUGCAUAUUGUACUAAUAUCCAUAUGCUAAUAUAUCACGCGGUUAAAGUAGCAUGGAUGUAUGUUAGUUUAACCACGUCGUGCAUUAGUACAGACAACAGUACUGCUUCCCGUUUGCCCCGUGUGUCUUUCCCCGCUCCCCCAGGGGUGGGCUGGGGGCUCGGCGCCCGAAAGGUGCCCUGUCCACGGUACCCUUCAGCGUAGCCCCUGCCCCCUUAGCAGUGGUGCAGCAAAAGCUGAGGCAGCAUAUAUCUGUUUCACCAGCUCAGCGCUGUCCUGUCAUUUGCACUGGUACUGUAAGCCUCGUGCAAAAUGUACGUCUACGCCUUAAUGUAAAAAAAAAUAAAUAAAAUAAAACUCUAAAUCAUAGCCUUCUAGCGUAUUUUGGCUAAAUUUCAGGUGCCUGGUAGUAAUUCUUAUUAUUAUUAUUAUUAUUAUUAUUAUUAUUAUUUUAUUACUAUUUCGUGCAUAGUGAUCUACCUUUUGCUAGAUCAAUAGACACCAAAGAGCGCCGUACGUAUUACAUUUCAAUUUCUUUAAAAUGUAUGUUUUCCAUUUAAAUGAUUUGAAGUUCCUCCCCCAGAUUUGUAUUUUUUAUUUUUUUUAUUUUUGCGAAUGGGAGGUCAUUUUCAGCAUUUAAAAAUAUAUUUAGGAAGGAAAUUAUCGGUAGGAAUUAUUUUUAAGUGGUAAACUGCUGGGCGCGGCACUGUGUGCGGCUGCACCCAUAAAAGGAACUAUGUGAAAUCCUCUCCAAAUGCUAUUUUCUCUUUAUUUAUAUGACAUUCUACUGCAUUUUCUGUGCAAAAUUUAAGCAUCGUGGUGCGAGAUUCAUUAGGGCACGUAAUGGACCUCGACCCCCUCACCCAACGCGUUGAAAGCACACUUGAAUUAUAUUGGUACUUAAAUGUCAGAAUCGGCGCUGCUGCAAGUGGCUGAAAAUAAAGCUCGUCCGUUUAGUUAUUAAUAUGUACUUUUCCAUGUGUGGUUAAAACAAAAACUGACGGUGAUUACUGUGAACGCCCCCAAAAGCGAUCUAUCCUAAUUUAACCUAGUUUUUAUGUAAAUAUGUCACAGAGUGCCUUGUUGUUGCCGUCUGCUCUGAAGGUCAGCCGUGUUAUUGCCCGAAUGUCAGAAGGAUGUCUGUCCAUCCAGGGACGAGUGUUAUUUUAUUUUUUUAUUGUUUUUUUUAUUGUCUUUUAUUUAGGACAGUUCAUUAGACAUUUUUCCUUCUUAAUUUUCACUGCAUUAAUCUGGAUAUGCCAUUUUUCUAUGUAAAUAUGUACAUUUUCAUACGAGUGUCUUUAAAGUUUAGCCGGCAGCUGAUUUGGACGUUUAGGAUUCAGGUCAUACUUAAGUCUGCUGACUUGUACAGUUAUCUUUAAAAGGUACUUGGACAAUAAAGAAAUGUAAUAAAAAUGUCGCGAA